AUGGGACUCUCAAGAAUAGGGCUCGCGGCCUACAUCUACUCCCUCGAUUCUAUGACAACUUAUCAGUAUCUCUACUACGCUACAUCCACCGUCCUCAAACACUCAUUAUCCGGCACCAUAUCCACCGCUCAAGCCAUCGUUAUCGCGGUCGGGAAACCAUUCAUGGCAAAACUUGCGGAUGUUAUCGGUCGAGCCGAAGCUUUCGUCGUCGUCACCUUUCUCUAUGUCAUCGGAUACAUAAUCAUUGUCUCUGCAUCUACUAUCGAGAUUAUAGCACUGGGAGAGAUUGUCUACGCCUUUGGUUUUACGGGAUUACAGAUACUACAGCAGAUCGUUAUCGCGGAUAUGACGACGCUGCGGUACAGAGGCUUCGCAUCUGCGCUGGUAUCUGCUCCUUAUCUCAUCAACAACUUUGUCAGCGCGGAGCUACUAGAACGUGUCUUGCCAAAUUGGUAUGUCUGUUCCAAGCAGUUUGCCAUUCUUGUCCCUCUUUUCCUCGUUCCUCUCAUUGCUAUUCUUUUCUGGGGUCAGCGGCAAGCAAAGCAGGUCUUUUACCGGCAAUAUGGCAGGUCAUUGCCCAAUAAGCGCUGGUACGAUCGACUUCGCGACUCUUUUACCGAGAUGGACCUCGUCGGUCUCCUUCUGGUCGGCUCGUCUUUAUGUCUGAUCCUCCUACCCCUUGGUCUAGCUCCUCAGACAGCGGCGGGCUGGAAGAACCCAAAGAUGGGCGUCAUGAUCGUCUGCGGUAUGGCUCUCCUUCCCUUAUUCAUCCUAUACGAAUACGCCCUUCCCGCUCGACCAGUCAUGCCGAUGCGAUGGCUACGAAGGGCUCCAAUCCUUGGCGCAUGCCUGAUCGGCUUCUUUGACUUUGUCUCAUUUUACCUACAACAGACGUACCUGUACUCUUUCGUGCUCGUUGUCGAACCUGACUGGUCAUAUCGCGACCUGACGUAUUUUUCGGCUAUUCAGUCGCUCGGCAUGACGGUAUUUGGGAUCGUUGCGGGUGUGAUCAUGUGGGCCACAAGGCGAUUCAAGUAUAUGCUUUUCUGUGGACUGGUCAUCCGCUUAAUCGGCGUCACGCUCAUGAUCAAAGCUCGAUCUUCGAGCGGGAAUUCGUUCGAGCUCAUCUUUUGCCAAAUCCUACAGGGGUUCGGUGGCGGUUUCGCGGCCAUAGCCACUCAAGUGUCUGCUCAAGCUGCUGUUUCCCACGCGGACGUCGCUACGGUCACCGCGCUCGUCUUGCUCCUGACAGAAGUCGGUAAUUCUGUGGGCUCGGCCGCCGCUACAGCCAUUUGGAAUGCGUGUAUGCCUAAUGAGCUGCGGCGAUACGUUCCGACAGAUGAUGAAAGGCUGCUGAAAGAGCUUUUUGGAAGUAUAACCGACAUCGCAAAGUAUCCGAGAGAUGAUCCGAUACGUCUAGGAGCAAUAGCAGCGUACCAAGCGGUCAUGUACAAACUGGUACUCGCCGCGGUGAUCGUCGCUAUCAUUCCACCGAUCUUCUGUCUCAUCCUCAUCCGAAAUGUCUCCCUUGCUCGCGCUCAAAACGCUCUUGACAACAAGGACCUCGACGGACUGGAUCCGGACGAUAUGGCUGAUCCAGCUGCCCUGAGAGAAAGUGCAGAUUGGGACGAAGGACGAGUAAGGUUGAGUCCAAGGAGCCCAGCAAGAGUCUUGAGCUUUAGCGCUGGUUGCCCUGGUGGUAAAGGGUUCAGCAAGAGCGAAAGGGAUUCGUUGCUCCGCAGCUCAAGACGGUCCCUAGGAGGAUCUGAUUACGGUCGAAGACUCGCAAGUGAAGGCGGCGGCGGCGGUGGCGGUGGCAGCGGCAUCGCCGCAGGACACGGGGCUGUACCGGGCUCUGAUAGAGUCAGGUUGAGUCCUAGGAACUCUGUAUCUGGUCUAAGGGAUCACGGUCGGUCGCUGGGUGCAUUGGGACGGGAUGGACCUAGACGUCCUGGUCAACAGACUAGGUCAGGCCCUUCAGGUGGACUGAGGGCCAACACCAUGCCUGUCGGAGAAUUCGAUACCCUACAGGUCCCUUCAUCCUCAAGUCGUGCAUAG